ACCAAAACCCCAAAAUGGGCUCACACUCAUGCUGCACUCUCAGAGAACCCCCCAAGCUAGUCACCAGUACUAGAGAAAGUGAUAACAGGAAGGAAAGGAAGUCUAUUAGAGAGAGUUAUAGGGAGAGGAAGGUACAGGAGGAAGAGAGAGAUAGGAAUUAUGAAAUUGAAGAUGAAAUGGAGGAUUAUGGAUGUAUUAAGUUCAGAAUCAAUCCUCUCUGUUACUACUUUGUUAUUAAAGAAGUUGCGAAGUCUUUUGAUAUCAACAAGGAUCAAGAGAAUGAAGAAGAAUUAGUUUUUAAGGGAUCAAAUAAGAUUGAAAGUGAUAAUAUUUUAAUCAAAAGAGUAGAUACCACAUUGUGUAUCUCAGUUGAACUCAUUAGUAACGAUGAUUUUCGAGAACCAUUCAUCAAAUGGAAAUUAAUCAUUGAAAAUGCCUGUAGACAAGCCUCAAAAAAUUAUACUGAAGAUUAUUGUCUUCCAUGGUGGACCGUAAUUGGAUCAGAUAAAUUGCUGAAUGCAGAAUAUUCGUUGAAAUUAGAAUUGAUUCAUAUGACAGACACGGAAAUAUUCGUCAACAAAACAAGUAAUCUGUAUAUAAUUGAUGAAAAAGAGUAUAUAUAUUCAAAGCAAUCAAAGCCAGAGAAAACUGUGACUCUUAAGUUGAAGAGUGAUGACCCCAUUGAAGAUAUUGCGAUUGAUAGAGAAGACCCAGCAGAUACGAUAACUUUGAAAAGAUCCUUUGUGAAGCUAUCAAGUGUUAAGCAUCUUCUAAAAGCAUUAAAAUUCGCGUAAAGAUGGUCUAAGGUUUUAAGCUUCCAUGAAAUAGUCAAACAUUUAUUGUCAAUAU